GUGACGUUACGGCCGUUCCUGUUCCUCAAAAUAGUUCUGCUUUUACCGUCUUCAUGUUGCAGCUUCUUUUCUCCGUCUGAUGAAAUAAAAUUAUUUACAGACUGAUCCAUCAAGUCGAAAUCCGUUUCCUGCUUCGUUGCCCUGACAACAGUGACGUCACGGCCACUUCCUGUUAUUCAAGUGAGUUCCAUCUUUUGUCGUCUUCAUCUUGUGGCUUCUUUUCUCCAUCUGAAUCUAACUUGACAAAAUGUGAGUUUUCCACGUCCACUGUAACAUAUGUUGGGAAGAUGGUGGGCCAAGACCAAGUCCAUCCAGAGCCAAGAUCUCAGCUGUGCAGCAGUUUCCCCAACCAGAAACCUAAAAGGAGCUGAGACGUCUUUUGGGAAUAGCAGGUUAUGUGAAAACUUUGCAUCGUUAGUCUCCCUGCUGACAGACCUGUUAAAGGAGAGAGCUGAGUUUAUCUGGACUCCACAAUGUCAGGAGGCAUUUCAAGGAGUAAAAGCUCUGUUGUUUUUAGCUCCAGUGUUAUACAGCACACUUUGAUCAGCCAUUCAAACUACAGAGAGAUGCCAACCAAGUGGAUGGUAAGGUGUGAUUGUUGUUGUUGUUGUUAUUGUUGUUGUUUUUGUGGUAGAAUGCCCUGAGCGUGGAUUGUUCUAUGAGUUUCUUCUCAAAGAAGAUUAAUAAACAUGAACUAAACUAGUGAGUCAAUGAAAAGGAGACGAUGGUUCUGGUGUGGACUUUGCAGCACUUCAAUGUUUCCAGUGAUUGUGAAGUGUUGCCCCUGGUGGUUUUUACUGCCCAUCAUCACAUAGUCAGUGUAAAACCCAAACCAGAGACUGAUGCAUUGGACUUUAUUUCUCCAACCAUACAGUUAAUACGUUGACCAUAUUAAGGUGUUGAGGAGGGUCAUUAGACUGAACUGGUUCUACCUCUGUAGGCCUCCACUCAGGUUACUUUGGUCUAAACAUCGUCUCUCUCUCUCUCCUCUAGGAUCCACACCUCUUGUCUGUAGUUUGUUUCCUCAUUUGUUUCUUGCUGGUAACACUCACACACAUGCCUCACUCAUCCACCAACACUACUGACACUUGGAUUCCUCACACCUCAAGCUCAUCAUUGUCCUGAUAUUCCUUCUGAAAUGAAACAUAGUUGUGGCAUCUUAGACUUGUUUCUCCUCUUAGUCACUGGUUGUGAGCUAGCUUGUGAUAAGUGCUGUUGUGAUCUUCAGAUAUCUCAUGAAUCAAAAAAUGAACCAGUUUCACUGCUGAUGAAAAUUUAGACAACAGCUGCUUCAAUAAUGCAGACUGGUGGUGAAUUGUAAACUGUGCAGCUGUUUCCACAGUAAUUAUUCAUUUUGUCUGUCAUAUCUGUUGGAUCUUUACAGGGUGAAAGAUGACGACGCCUCAAGAAAUCCUUCUGAGGACUUUGGAAGAGUUGGGAAAAGAGGAGUUUGACAAAUUCAAAUGGUACUUGAACCAGGAAGGAGUCUUAGAAGACUUCAAAUCAAUCCCAAAGUCUCGAUUGGAGGAGGCAAACAGGGUCAGCACUGUGGAUCAAAUGGUCCAGAUCUAUGGAACUACAAAUGCCAUUAAAGUCACUGAGAAGGUUUUAAUGAAGAUGAAGAAAACUGAACUGGUGAGGAAAAUCUCAGGAACCAUCAAAGAAUGUACAGAGAUUCUGUCCAGGUGUCAAGAUAAGCUCAAGUCUAACCUAAAAAAGAGGUUCCAGUGUGUGUUUGAGGGCAUCGCUAAAGCAGGACAGAAAACCCUUCUGAAUGAGAUCUACACAGAGCUGUACAUCACAGAGGGAGGGACUGCAGAGGUCAGUGAUGAACAUGAGAUCAGACAGAUUGAAGCAGCAUCCAGGAAACCAAACAGAGCAGAAACAACCAUCAGACCAGAAGACAUCUUUAAAGACCCAUCUGGAAAAGACAAACCAAUCAGAACGGUGAUGACACAGGGAGUGGCUGGCAUCGGGAAAACAGUGUUAACACAGAAGUUCGCUCUGGACUGGGCUGAAGGCAAAACCAACCAGGACAUCCAGCUCAUGUUUCCAUUUAUGUUCAGAGAACUGAAUGUGCUGACAAAGAGAAAAUUCAGUUUGGUGGAGCUUCUUCAUCACUGUUUCACUGAAACCAAAGCAGCAGGAAUCUGCAGCUUUGAAGACUUCCAGGUUGUGUUGAUCUUUGACGGUCUGGAUGAGUGUCGUCUUCCUCUGGAUUUUGACAACAAUGAGAUCCUGACUGAUGUUACAGAGUCCACCUCAGUGGAUGUGCUGCUGACAAACCUGAUCAGGGGGAAGCUGCUUCCCUCUGCUCGCCUCUGGAUAACCACACGACCUGCAGCAGCCAAUCAGAUCCCUGCUGACUGUGUGGACAUGGUGACGGAGGUCAGAGGGUUCAGACCCACAGAAGGAGGAGUACUUCAAGAAGAGAUUCACAGAUGA